CUUGCUGUGGAUGUCGUAGAGUCGGCGGCUGACAGUAAACAGGGAUUGUUUGACAAAAGGAGUCUUCUAAGUGGAGUCGUUUCUAUUUAUUUUUCGUAGUUUACUGACAGUUAGGCAAAAUGGCCGAAAAAUUCGAUAACCUGGAGGAGCAUCUGGAGAAAUUUAUCGAGAAUAUUCGACAGUUGGGAAUCAUCGUCAGCGACUUCCAGCCCAGCAGCCAAACAGGACUCAACCAGAAACUAAAUUUCAUGAUAUCUGGGCUACAAGACAUCGAGAAGUGCCGUCAGCAGCUUCACGAAAUCAACGUACCGCUGGAGGUCUUUGAAUACAUUGACCAAGGUCGCAAUCCUCAGCUGUAUACCAAGGAAUGUCUGGAGAGAGCCUUGGCGAGGAACGAGCAGGUCAAAGGGAAGAUCGACACCAUGACGAAAUUCAAAAGCCUUCUAAUCUCCGAGCUCAGCAAAGUCUUCCCAGAGGAGAUGUCCAAGUAUAAGGCCAUACAUGGAGAAGAUGCCCCCUCCUAGUGACUGCUGCACCGUGACCCCCGACCUACCGCCUGUGAGCCUUGAAGUAAAAUCCUGAAUGGAGUUUAACCAAACAGGAUCCUCUUCGGUUGCCAGCAGAAUAUGAUAAUAACCUGUUAUUAUUUUUCCCAAAUAUUGUGAUGCUGUUGCUGACUCGUACCUUGAGGGAGGAGGUUUAAUUUCUGCGCAGUACCCUGACUCAGCCAAGUCCUCUCCUUUAUCAACAUUCAAACUUAAUUUUAAGAAGUACUAUUACAGCAGCAGGGGAGAAGCAGAGGAGAGAAGAAACAAAUAAUUUUAUGUUGCCGGGAGAUAUAUUUGUUUUUAAUGUCCCUGCUGAUGCAUGGACACAGAGAAAGCAGCGGAAGUGACUCCUAUUACUACUAUCUGUACAGAAGAUGUUCAAGAGCUACACGGCACCUGUUUGAUUCUGCAUUGCGGAACUGACUCCAUCAGUUGUACAUACAGUAUAUUUAUACUCUUACACUUUACCUUUUGUAAUGCUUCCUAGUCAUUGUGCAACAUACAUUUGUAAUACACACAGCGUUCAUAACACUUUGUAUCAAGCUCAGGUUUCUAACGGCCACGAUUAUCGAAUGCAAAUGUUAUUUGAUGGUAAUUCUGUGCCUGAUCAACUGGUCAGAAAAGAGUCCACUUUUUAUUUGUAACUUGUUUGUAUUAUAAUUUUUGUUAUUAAAUGAUCCUCACCGGA